UUUCUGAUCGACAAUAUACUCAAUAUACAUAUACUACCUGUGCUUUUUUUUUAUAAAUUGUUGUCAACACAAAGAACUGUAUUGCGAUAAAAACAUGUCAAACACAACUUUACGCCCCAUUCCGACAUUGAGGGGCAUGUUUUCGGUGCCUCGAGUUACUCAGGAACGCAACUUUCUAAAAGAAAACAAGCUUAGUUUGCGUUCACUGGAGAAAGCAACAACAGAAAAACUCGCGGCCAGGGAACCAGUUCGUCCAAAAUGGAUGCGACGGGGCGCACCCGAUGUACGUGAGUCUAGGAAAGAAGAACGCGAGUCGGAAAAUCCAGGAAAAUCGUCAGUGCAAAAUAAGACAUGUUUUUUGCGAAGCAAGUCGCAAAAGGAGAUUGCCAUGUCACUGAUUGGCAAACGCUCCAAUGGGGUGGGUAACUGCGGUGAAGUGACCAGCGACGUGGGGCGUGCUCAACUAUCUGUCCAACAAAAUCAUCGGGACACUUCUGAACCCUCUCCACAAUACUGUGAACCCCUGCCAACACAUAAUCAGGAUUUACGUUGUCAAUCCUGUGGAAGUAAACGGAACUCAAUUAAUAUUGGAAUACAAACUGACGACAUAAUGGAUGAAAUAUAUCUAACAAACGCGCUAAAGAAGUGCAAUUUUGAUAUCAAGUCUAUAAUUAGCGACGGUCAGUAUCAGAGCAUGCGUGACAACGAUCAAAACUACUAUGGGCAAAAUUAUGGCGAUGAAAUAUCACAGGAACUUCCUUUUCCGAUACGCGCAAAUGACGACGCAAAGACCAAAAACACAAAUUGUAGCGUCCAUACUUUUGACGAAGACCCAAAUGAAAUUAUGCCUUUGUCGGGACUACAAGAUUUCAAUGAAGACGGGUUCGAAAUGGACGAGGCGUCUUUAAGCGCACGCAGUCGUUCCACAAUAAACACAAAUGUAAUCACCAAGUUAAAGCGCCGUCAACAUAAAUUGGGCUCACGUGACGAGGUACGUCUCCCACGCUACUUAGAAAAGGAGAAGCGUGAAAAAGCUGAAGCAGUAAAGCGGGAAAUAGCUCGUGAUCCUGACUGUCCACGUGGCCAUGUGCUUCUAAACGAGCAAGAACGCUUGGCCUUUUUGGACAGUGCCAAGCAGCGCUUUGACAAGCUUAUAAACGAACUUAAUCAUAUGCCUAUGACCACACAGACCCUGCGAGUGCGCACGCGCAGGGCUGAGAUAGACAAAGAGCUAACUAGCGUAGAGGACGAGAUACGAUUGUACUCUAAGCCAAAGAUUUACAUAAAAAAUGGCAAAAUCACUGAAGCCUGAUUUAAAGUCCUAGUUUAAUGUUAAGCACACACCAAAGCAAAACAUACAUAAAAGUAACUAUUCACUGACUAUCAUAUAAAUAAUGUAAAAACUAUCACAUAAAUAAUAUAAUAGGUGUAGUUAUGUAUAAUUCCGAAGAAAAACACACAUUAUGCCUCUAUUGCAGCUAGUCACAGCACAUUGUAUAUUUUUUAAAGUGGCAAAUAACAAAUAAAGUACCAAGCAAUUAA